UUAUUGAUUUACGUGCUUUUCUAGAAUUACCUCGACUCUAGAAGAGUUAUAUUAUUAUUUUCUAGAUCCUAAACAACAUGACUGCAUUUUUGCCACCUAAUUUGUUAGCUUUGUUCGCCGCAAGAGACCCUAUUCAGUAUCUACCACCGGUAGCCAAAUUAGGCUUUGAAAAGAAACGUGUGCCGUAUGAAGGAGUAUCAUCAUUCUUAAAGGAAUUUGAGGACCCAAAGGAUACACCACCUCCAACCAGAGUAGAGACUAAAGAUGAAAGAAAAGAGAGAAAGAGGAAAGAAAGAGCAGAACAGAUUGCUUAUAAGCUGGAGCAGGACUUAGCCUUAUGGGACCCAAGCAAUGCUGCCACAAACACUGGAGAUCCAUACAAGACACUGUUCGUGGCUCGAAUCAACUAUGACACAAGUGAAUCCAAGCUACGCAGAGAAUUUGAAGUAUAUGGGCCAAUUAGAAAGAUUUCCCUGUUGUCUGACAAAUCUUCAGGAAAACCAAGAGGAUAUGCAUUUAUAGAGUUUGAACAUGAAAGGGACAUGCAUUCGGCAUACAAACAUGCAGAUGGUAAGAAAAUUGACGGACGGCGUGUUCUGGUGGAUGUGGAACGAGGGAGGACAGUGAAAGGCUGGAGACCAAGACGAUUAGGAGGUGGAUUAGGAGGAACCAGGAAAGGGGGACCAGAUGAAAACACUCGAUUUUCGGGAAGAGAUGAGUUCAGUAGCUCCUAUCGAGAUCGCACUGGCCGAGAGGAAUCUCCCAGUAGGGAUCGUCGACGACGCAGUCGUAGUCGAGAGAGACGAAGAAGUCGUAGCAGGGAGAGGAGGAGAAGCAGGAGCCGAGAGAGGGCAGAACGAGAGCGCCCUAGGAGAGAGGAGCAAGUGGAAGAAAAAGAGAGAAAGAGAAGCAGAAGAAGUCGAUCAAGAGACAGGAAGAGAAGUCGUUCACCUCGUGACAGGAAACGCUCCAGAAGAAGCCGCAGUCGUGAACGUAAGCGAGAUCGUGAAGGAAAGAGAGAAGAAGGAGGGGGUGAAGGUGACCAAGACUUCGGGGAGGACGGUGUCCCCAUUGUUAAGGAGGAGGAUGUCGAUACCUACACAGGCUAUGGAGGGUAUAACCCUGAUGAACAGAAUGGGGAGGAUGAUGAAGAUGGACAGAGGGAUGAGGAAUAUGAGGGUUGAAGAUCUUGAACAGCAACAAAUACUUUUCUUUUUCAAGUUACCUUAGAAAAUUCAGUGUGGUUAGAAUUUGUAAUAUCCUGCAACUUUUUAAAAUUUUUACCUGCAAGUUGAUGAACACUUGGAUAUGUUGAUGUCUGUCCUUACGUGUUGACAUGUAAUGUUAGAAUUUAAUAUAUUGUGAGCCACAUUAUUUAGUCAUUUUAAUCUUCCUGUUGCUUUCCAUUCAAAGUGCUUCAUUUGAUUUUAGAUUUAUCUAUGUUGUACAUUGUUGUUGUCAUUUGAAGAGGAAGGAAAGCAGUAUGGAGUAUUGUAACCCAGUAAUGGGGUAAACUACUGUUGGAGGAAAACAUGUAUGAAGUUGUCAGCUUGUGCUUAAAUAAAUUUGGUGGCAAAAUA